AUGAAAAGAAGCCCUAGUAGAGUGAACACCAGUGAAGAGAAUGCCCAAAUUGCUGCUAAAGAUCGCCAAAAUAUUGCCUUGUUACUAUUGCUUUAUACCUUACAAGGGAUCCCUCUAGGCAUGGCUGCGAGUAUUCCGAUGUUCUUACAAGGCAAACAUGUCGGUUAUAAACAACAAGCUGUCUUCAGUUUAGUGUUUUGGCCUUUUAGUGUCAAGUUGUUAUGGGCACCUAUUGUCGAUUCGUGGUAUAUUACUGCAAUUGGUCGACGAAAAACUUGGCUAGUCCCUAUCCAGUAUUUGUUGGGAUUAUUCAUGGUUGCCUUAUCCUACAAUAUUGAUUAUCUAUUAGGCACAAAGAAUCAAAGUGAUGCCACGGGGGUGGAUAUUGAAACGUUAACGUUGAUCUUUUUUAUCCUCAACUUUCUGGCCGCAACUCAAGAUAUUGCUGUCGAUGGCUGGGCCUUAACAAUACUAUCAAAAGGUGAAGUUGGCCAUGCAUCAACUUGCAAUUCUGUCGGGCAAACAGCUGGCUAUUUCAUUGGCAAUGUCGUAUUCUUAGCCUUAGAGUCCAAAGAUUUUUGUAACAAGUAUCUAAGAAGCGUACCCAGUGAGAAAGGUAUCGUUAGCAUCGAUCAAUUCUUCCUAUUCUGGGGGAUAAUAUUUAUCAUUACUACUACAAUGGUCUUUUUAUUCAAGCAUGAGAAAGCCGUAGCAGACAUAGAAAUGAAGGAAUUACGAAAAGGCAUUACACACACAUAUAGCCAGUUAUUCAGAAUUCUCAAGUUGCCUGCUGUCACUUCUUACGUUUUGAUCAUUUUGUUCUGUAAGGUCGGUUUUGCUGCAACGGAUGGCAUCACAGCACUAAAACUGGUUGAAGCUGGUAUUCAUCGCGAAACUUUAGCCUUAAUUGGCAUCCCUUUGGUACCGCUGCAAAUUUUGUUACCCUUCGUUAUUAGCAAAUAUACUACUGGGCCUACACCUUUGAAUGUUUUCUUAAAGGCAAUGCCCUAUCGAUUAAUUAUUGGUGUCGGUAUUUCACUAGUUGUUUACUGGGGAUGGAUUGUCCGAGUUCCUAAGGGAAGCGACUAUUCAUUCCCUUGGUAUUAUUAUGCUAUAUUGGUUAGCAUUUACGCAAUAUAUCAGAUAACCUUAUAUUGCAUGUAUGUCGCGCAAAUGGCAUUUCAUGCUCGCGUUAGUGAUCCAAUGUAUGGUGGCACAUACAUGACCUUGCUAAAUACAGUCACUAAUAUGGCUGGUAAUUGGCCAACUACUGUAGCUUUGUGGUUGGUAGACGAUAUUACUAAAACAGUCUGCUCAGGAAGUUCAAAUCCUUCCAUUGAAACAUGCGACAAUGCUUCCAUGCAAAAGGCAUGCCAAGAAGCUAAUGGUAAUUGUACUACAAUAAGGGAUGGCUAUUAUAUCGAAAUCAUUCUAUGUACAUUUGUUGGUAUUUCAUGGUUAUUAUUUUGUGGAAAGAAACUUAGAUCAUUGCAAAGUCGAGAAGAAAGUGCGUGGAAAUGCCCUAUAGCUGAGAAUAUUGAAUAA